UUUUAGAGAGACUAAAACGAAAAGUUGAUAUAUUUAUAGGGACCAAAAACAUAUUUAAAUCAUGAUUAUAUUAAGAGAAUUUAAGUUCUUGAUCCAUGUGAGAUUGUUUCUUUUAUACUGUGUAUUAUGCAGCCCAAUGCAUAUAUUAUAUAUAUGCACGUGUGCACACCCUUCUCUUUUUUAUAGAUAAUAUCUGUAUACUCUUUCAUCAAGACAAAAUGCUUAUUAAAUUUUUGGCUUAUUCGAUCAUCCGGUUCCUUAACUUAAUUGAUUGUCUUAAUUUGGUCCCCUAACUAUAAUUUGUAUUAAUUUGGUCCCCCUAUAUUUUGCUCCGUUACUAGUUUUAGUCCUUUCUGUUAACGUUUUUUUUGAGAGAAACUAGCAAAAAAGACUAAAACAAGUAACAAAGCAAAGCAUAGGGGACCAAAUUGGUACAAAUUAUAGUUAGGAGAUCAAAUUGAGACAAUCAAUUAAGUUAAGGGACCGGGUGAUUGAAUAAGCCUAAUUUUUUUUUUUUUAUAGCAGAUAUCAGAGCUCUUCCAUUCCACCAAAUAUGUUUCUCUCAAGAAUACUAAAAUAACUUUUCUUAGGUAAUAAUAUUCUGUUUCUGUUGCUUUUUGGCAAUUCAAUUGAAGUAGUGUUUGAACACAGUCUAAACUUUAAAUACUAAUCAAACCUUAAUUAUGCGAUUUGAUUAUUCAGCAACCAAUAUGUUUGUUUUCUUUCAACUGGGGAUGACCUGCAUUGACUUGGUGCCCUGUUGAUUUUACUAACAUGAACAGAAAGUAUAAGAAACUUUUGCAAGGAUUGGCCAUCUUUUUUUGUAAUUAACGAAAACAACAGAAGUGCCUGUUUAAACUUGAAAACGUAACCUUUGCUUUUCUAAGUUUCAUAUAUUAUUUGUUCCGGACUAGACCAAGGCCUACCCAAACUGGACAUCUGCAACACAAGCUCGGAUCCGAACUGACGCGCCUUUCAAUUGAAAUGGUAGGUAAUUAAGGGGACAACAUACAGUUAAAUAUAGAAUAGUAUAUGUGAGUUGUGCCUCGGAUGCUCCUAUGAUAUUGCUGUUAAUUAAGGUAACAACCUCACUCAGGCUUUCAUAACAAGACAAUGCAACUGUUAAUAAAACAUGUUGGUGAGUUGUCAUUGACAGCAAGCAUGGAAAAACUUCAUUAAUCUCAUGGUUGUAAUAAAAUUUCAUACACAUGAAAAUGCAACCUCUUGAAAAUUUCACUUAUCUAAAUUCUCAAGUUAAUGGAAAAAGUAUAUGGCCCGGAAUACAAUGAAUAUGAGAGAGAAGCGCACGUGCAUAUGUUAAUGCAUGUUUUCUUUCUAUUUUUCAUUCACAAAAACUGAAACAAUGAUAUUAAUCAAAAUCCAAAACCAAGACUUUUCUUUGCCUUUCAUUGAGAUCACUCUCAUUUGCCUCUCUGCAUUAAGAUUUUUCUUUACUCAAGCCAAAAAAAUGAACAGUUAAGUGUUAGGAAUAUAUAAAUGUUUUGGUAAAAUACCUUAACCUUAUUCUUUUGCUACCAUUAUAUUAGUUCUUAAGCAAUUUAAGUAUUUGAAGUUGUUAACAUUGUGUAGAGUUAAAGGGUAUCUUCCAUUUGACUUAAUUUCCAGUCCAAAACCAGAGAUUUUCAGAUAAAAUUAAUUGCUUAGUCCUCAAUGGUAGAACAUCAAUCCUGUGCUACCUUGGUCAAUGCCUCUACAUUUUGUGAUAUAGAACAAGAAGUGAAUGGAGAUAAUGUCAACGAUGUUUCUCAGAUUUCAGCCGAGUUGGAAAGGGAAAGGAAGAAGAAUGCGGAGCUCAUGGAAAAAAUAUCUAUGCUCGAAGCUCAGGAAAAUAAUCAGCAUGCUGUUGCAAGAAGCUUCAAGAAUUUCAAAAGGAAAAAGAAUGAAAUGGUGGAUGAUGAAAUAGAGAAUAUGAAUAUUUUCAAAAGUGAGUACAAGCCUGACAAUACUGAAGCCAUUGUUCCUAAAGAGAUUAAUUCAGAAAAGCCAUUGAUAAAUUGGAUGAGAAUGGAUGAAAGCCAAAAUUUGCAUUUUGAAAAACUUAACGACUGUGACUCUGUUGCAGAUUUCAAUGAAACAAAAAGUGGUGACAGCAUGCAAUGGUAAUUAUUUUGAUGAAUUGGAUAACAAUCAGAUACAAGAGGAAAUUAAUGACAUAGUUGAAACUGUUAGCUCGCAAAAAGGUUACCUUGCUGAUCAUAUUGAUGAUGAAUUAGAUGUAACAUGUACGGAAACUUUUUCUGUUCAUGUGAAUAAACCAAAUCCAACAGGUAACAUGAGACAAGAAGUACAAGAAUAUCAAAAGACAAGUGACAUGUUACUUGCUCCACAUUCAAAGAAGGUUGAAGUCAAAACGCAACAAGGGAAUAAAAGUAAAGAGGCUGAAGCAUAUGCAGCAGCACUCGAGGUUCCUUCUUUAGGAUCUGUACGCGUAUCGGAGAAUAGAAAGUCACAGAAGGCGGCUUUCUGUCCAAAAGAAGUUAAAAGGAUAAUUGAAUCUGAAGCCCUGAAACAAAAAAACGCUCAGUCUCACACUAUAAGGAAAAUUAUAGUUUUUGCAUCACUUGGCAUAAGACAUGGGUGUGAAGAUAUGUAUGAAUUGAAAUUCAACCAUUUUAGAAUUUUGAAGAAAGGAGAACCAUAUGUGUCUCCAAAGAAUCCCGGUGAGCAUGUUUUAUACAUGAACCCUGGCGUUCGGAGGAAAAUAUUUUAUCCAAACCAACAAAACCCGCAACUAUGUCCUGUCCAGAUACUUGAAGAGGAAAGAGUGAUGCGUCCAUAUGAUGCUAAUUGUCCAUCAUGCUUAUUCUUGUGCAUUAAAUAUGGUGGAAGGACAAGAAAUCUUCCUCAAAAUGAAUAUGUGAGGCAGGUGAUGGGAAGAAACAAAUUGAAGUCUUUUGGUCCACUUAUGUGUCAAAUGGCGAUGUUGGUUCAUGUUCGCAGUGGAAGUUUUUUCUUCAAGGCGUUGGGCAUUACACUUUUGUUUAUGGCAGGAUUCAAAGAGAAACCAAAUACCAGAAUUUAGAUUUGCUUCAGAAAUAUUACAGGACAGAUGAAGAUGCUGAAGGGGAGGAUUUAUUCAUUCAACAUCCAAUUGCAUGUAACAAUGGCAUUCAUGAACUCCAGAGUUCAACUAAUAAAACCCUUCCUGCUAAAUCCAGAGGGAGAAAAAACGCACCUCAACAGCCAACACCAAUGAGUUCUGCAUCAACUACUCAAUUUGGUUUAACUGGCUAUUCUUCUGCUCCGACAUAUACAAUGACACCAUCAUUUUAUUCUAUUCAAUCUAAAAUUUCCCAAAAUACUUAUUCCCAUAUGCCAAAUCCAACUCAUACCCUUUAUAGUACUAAUGUAUCUGGUAAUCACAGUUCAUAUCAAAUGCUGCCACCGCAGCCAGCAGCAGCAAGUACUUUUCUACCAGUGAUGUAUUGGCCACCACCUCCACCAACUGCAUAUUUCCCUAGAUACUAUCCUUCUGCAUUUGGAUACCAAUCCUUUCCUUCUACUGAAAGUUACAUGUCAUUCCAAACACGGCCUUAUUAUUACAACUGAUAGUAAUUCAGGUGGCUGUACUGAGCUGCAUAAGCAGGGAAGGGACCAUAGGUCCACAAAUAAAUUUGCUUAAAUAGGAGGAACAAUGUACAACAAUAGAUGGUUUAUGAUUUGCAGUAGUGUCUAUGUAACAGAAAAUUUUGAACUAAAGACAAUUCCAACAUUGAUGCUUGUUUCUUUCAUUGCUAUCAUCAGGUAGGAAAUAUGAAAGACCAACCUCUAUUGAUAA